AUUGUUUCACAAUUAUUCUCCCUCCUCGCGUUUGCCCUCUCCAAAAAGAAGGGUCGCUUCUCUCUCCACGGUUAGUUUCGAAUUUUUGUCUGACAAGAAUCAAUCAAUGGCUGGUAGAGGCAAGACUCUAGGAUCUGGAGCCUCAAAGAAGGCUACUUCAAGGAGUAGCAAGGCUGGUUUGCAAUUUCCAGUGGGUCGUAUUGCUAGGUUCUUGAAGGCCGGCAAGUAUGCUGAGCGUGUCGGUGCCGGCGCUCCUGUUUACCUUGCUGCUGUUCUUGAAUAUCUAGCUGCCGAGGUUCUUGAAUUGGCUGGAAAUGCAGCAAGAGACAACAAGAAGACCCGUAUUGUGCCACGCCACAUCCAGUUAGCAGUUAGGAAUGAUGAGGAACUUAGCAAGCUUCUUGGUGAUGUUACAAUUGCCAAUGGAGGUGUCAUGCCCAACAUCCACAACCUUCUCCUCCCAAAGAAGUCUGGUGGCUCCUCUAAGGCCCCUGCUGAUGAUGACAGUUAGAUUUGAAGGAAGAGAUUUAAAGCAAUAUAUUUCUGUCACUGUGAUUUCACUAUGAUAUCAAGUCUUUUAGUUUAAUUUUUUUUUUUCAGUUUUUAGGAUUUGGAGGUCUGCGUUCAGGCAAGGGUAGUUGUAGUAGUUAGUGAUGUGAAUAUAAAUUGGUCUUCUUUGUGCUCCUGUAACGUUGAAUUUUUUUUUCUUUCCCGUAAUGAUAAUUAUUGCACGAUUUGAGUUUCA